GGCCCUGAUAAUGAGCGAGUGAUGUGCAUGGCCUGCAGAGGAGUGUAUCCGUCACGGAGAAGUCUUACUGGCCACAUUGGAAGGAAUGAGAAGUGUAGAGAGAUUAUAGGACGAAAUUAUCUGGAUCAGGUCGCUAUGGGUGCAAAUCCAAUAGCUCCUGGAACGGAGAAUGCGAUCAAGGCUGGUGCACUUACCAAUGGCCAGGAUGGUCUCAGUCCAAUAUGCCCCCAUUGUGAC